AUUCUCCCUUUGGUUUCCUCGUUCCCUAUUCGCUAGUGAACGCUUUAUAGGCUACAAGAAGACAAAUUGGAACCCAGCCCGCUUAGCCGUGACCGCGCAAGAUACUCUGGGUAAUAGCCAUGGUCGUGUGAUGACAUUGGGAUAGAAACUCUGAGACGGCGAACUGACAGACUUGGAGAACGAUGGGAGUCACAGGGUCUGCGAUGGGCGUCCCAACCGUCUGGGCCGAGGCCGCGGUGGCCACGCCCCCCCAGGGCUGUCCCAUGCAUCGGGAAGACCCCGCCCCAAAAGCUGCCCCCCCUCCAGGAUGCCCCAUGCACCAAAGCUCUGCUGGUGGCGCCGUGCCUCCGGCCCCUGAGGCUCCAGCGGCCCCUGUGGCCCCCGCGGGUCCGGCCCACCAGGACCGAGCCUAUGAGUUUGUGGGGUGCCCCAUGAAGGCUGCAGUGUCGGGCGGACAGAACGACAUCGACCCCACGAACAUGAUGCCUCCUCCGAACCAGAGCCCCGCCCCCGACCAGCCCUUCCCACUGCCGCUCAACAGGAAGGAGUCCAACAUCCCCCGACACGGCAGCGAACAGAAGUGGGUGUACCCCUCAGAGCAGAUGUUCUGGAACGCCAUGCUGCGCAAAGGGUGGCGCUGGCGCGAGGAGUCCCUGGAUCCUCAGGACAUGAGCAACAUCAUCAAGAUCCACAACGAGAACAACGAGCAGGCCUGGCAGGAGAUCCUCAAGUGGGAGGCACUGCACGCCGGAGAAUGCCCUUGUGGCCCCUCCCUCAAACGAUUUGGAGGGAAAGCCAAAGAAUAUUCUCCAAGGGCGCGGAUUCGAUCCUGGAUGGGGUACGAGCUCCCGUUCGACCGCCAUGACUGGAUCGUGGACCGCUGUGGGCGGGAGGUGCGCUACGUCAUCGACUACUACGACGGCGAGAUCAACAAGGAGAACUACCAGUUCUCCAACCUGGACGUGCGCCCCGCCAUCGACUCGCUGGACGCCGUCUGGGACCGCGUGAAGGUGGCCUGGUGGCGCUGGACCUCCUAGGGCCUCCCAAGACCUCCAGACGUCCACCCUGCUCACAUGGGACAGGGGCGGGGGCGCGCCUUCAUCUGGACCCUGAGGUCUGUGCACCCUGAAGCAAGGAGCACAGAUCAAGAUUCUUGACUUUCAUCUCUAUCAGCAGAAGUUGUGCCGCAACAUCCAUCUCAUUUGGGGAUGGAUGUGAUGCUCUUCUGAAUUCCAUGUUUAGACCACUUCAGUCACUUCAGAGGACUCCAUCGCCAUGAACCUUUCUGAGUAAAACCACACGGCUGGCCUCCUAAAUCAUGUUGAAGGGAUUCACAGGAUCCCAGGGGUACCUACACUCCAACCCUGCUCCUCAGAGCUUUGACGAGGCUUCUCUCCUCGACCUGAAGCAGAUCAAAUCCUGAAGUGAAGCUGUAGGCCCGGAGAAGAUCCGUGAGAUCAGGCAGAGGCCCCACCUGGCUCCUUCAGACCGUUUUGAAUAUUCUGUAUUUCUUUGUUUAACUAUGCUAUUCUAGCAGACUGAAUGAGGACCAACACACUGACAGCUUCCACUGUGAUGCUGCUGCCUCGGUCAAUUAGAACCAAGGAACGCUUAUUCAGACCAUGCUCAUGACCAUGGGCAAUGGGGGGUAACGAAUGUGUGGAGGGUAACGUAUGUGUGAAGGGUAACGUAUGUGUGGAGGGUAACGUGUGUGUGGAGGGUAACGUGUGUGUGGAGGGUAACGUGUGUGUGGAGGGUAACGUAUGUGUGGAGGGUAACG